CAGCAGCAGCGGCAGCAGCAUGUCGGACGCGGCGGCACAGGCCCUACAACCCCGGCUUCUACCAGCCCAGGCGGCUGGUUCUGGGACUCCUGCGACCGGCUCGGGCAACAGCGACCCGGCCCGACCUGGACUGAGCCAACAGCAGCGUGCAAGCCAGAAGAAAGCCCAAGUGCGAGCCUUUCCACGGGCGAAGAAGCUCGAAAAACUUGGCGUUUUCUCGGCAUGCAAGGCCAGCGACACAUGCAAAUGCAAUGGUUGGAAAAACCCGAACCCCCUCACAGCUCCACUUAUGGACCUCCAACAACAGACGGCCAGUCUGAGCGAACCAUGCCGCAGCUGUGGCCACGCUCUCGCGGAUCAUGUGUCUCACUUGGAGAACGUUUCUGAGGAGGAGAUCAACAGGCUCUUGGGGAUGGUGGUUGAUGUGGAGAAUCUGUUCAUGUCGGUCCACAAAGAGGAGGACACCGACACCAAGCAGGUCUACUUCUACCUCUUCAAGCUGCUGAGGAAAUGCAUCCUGCAAAUGAGCCAGCCGGUGGUGGAGGGGUCCCUUGGAAGUCCGCCCUUUGAGAAGCCUAAUAUUGAGCAGGGAGUUUUGAACUUCGUCCAGUACAAGUUCAGCCACCUGGCACCUAAAGAGAGACAGACUAUGUUUGAGCUGUCGAAAAUGUUCCUCUUGUGCCUCAAUUACUGGAAGCUAGAAACGCCGACACAGUAUCGCAAAAGAACGCAGAAGGAUGACGGCACGGCGUACAAGGUGGACUACACCAGGUGGCUAUGUUAUUGCCACGUGCCCCAGAGCAACGACAGUCUCCCACGCUAUGAAACCACUCAGGUGUUCGGACGCAGCCUGCUCAAGUCCAUUUUCACUGUAACCCGUCGGCAGCUGCUGGAGAAGUUCCGAGUGGAAAAGGAGAAACUGCUGCCAGAGAAACGCACACUCAUCCUCACACACUUUCCCAAGUUUUUGUCCAUGCUCGAGGAGGAGAUCUAUGGGGAGAACUCGCCCAUCUGGGAGGCCGACUUUACAAUGCCUGCGUCUGAUGGCUCGCAGCUGGGACAUCCAGCAGUGAUCAGUCCAGCAACUGUGUCAGGCUCCUCGUCCCUGUCGAAGGGCCUGAGCAGUGCCACGUCUCUGGGAAGCAUCAUUGACACUGGAGGAGCAGAACCCAUCACAGGUGAGAAGCGUAAACUUCCUGAGGCGCUGACCUUGGAAGACGCCAAGCGAAUCCGUGUGAUGGGUGACAUACCAAUGGAGCUGGUGAAUGAAGUGAUGAUGACCAUCACUGACCCGGCAGCGAUGCUUGGACCUGAGACAAAUCUGCUGACACCGAACGCUGCCCGUGACGAGACCGCUCGGCUGGAGGAGCGACGCGGCAUCAUCGAGUUCCACGUCAUCGGAAACUCUUUGUCCCAGAAAUCCAACAAGAAGAUCCUGAUGUGGCUGGUUGGCCUGCAGAACGUCUUUUCCCACCAGUUACCUCGCAUGCCCAAAGAAUACAUCACUCGUCUGGUGUUUGACCCGAAGCACAAAACGCUCGCCCUUAUUAAAGAUGGCCGCGUCAUUGGAGGUGUCUGUUUCCGGAUGUUUCCUACUCAGGGCUUCACUGAAAUCGUUUUCUGUGCUGUAACUUCUAAUGAGCAAGUUAAGGGCUAUGGCACCCAUCUGAUGAAUCAUCUGAAGGAGUAUCACAUCAAACAUGGCAUCCUUUAUUUCCUCACGUACGCCGAUGAGUACGCCAUCGGCUACUUUAAGAAGCAGGGCUUUUCCAAAGAUAUCAAAGUGUCCAAGAGCCGUUACCUCGGUUACAUCAAAGACUACGAAGGAGCAACGCUGAUGGAGUGUGAGCUGAACCCGCGCAUCCCCUACACCGAGCUCUCACAUAUUAUUAAGAGGCAGAAAGAGAUCAUCAAGAAGCUAAUCGAGAGGAAGCAGAGCCAGAUCAGGAAAGUCUAUCCGGGACUGACCUGCUUCAAAGAAGGAGUCCGGCAGAUCCCGGUGGAGAGCAUUCCUGGAAUAAGAGAGACGGGCUGGAAACCCAGUAGCAAAGAGAAAGGGAAAGAAGUGAAGGACCCUGAUGUGUUGUACAACAUGCUGAAGAACCUUCUGGCCCAGAUCAAGACCCACCCUGACGCCUGGCCCUUCAUGGAGCCAGUGAAGAAAUCAGAAGCUCCAGAUUAUUAUGAGAUAAUCCGCUUUCCCAUCGACUUGAAGACGAUGACGGAGCGGCUGAAGAACAGAUACUAUGUGACCAAAAAGCUCUUCAUCGCUGACUUGCAGCGAAUCAUCACCAACUGUCGUGAGUACAACCCUCCUGACAGCGAGUACUGCAAGUGUGCCAACACGCUGGAGAAGUUCUUCUACUUCAAACUCAAAGAUGGUGGCCUGAUAGAGAAGUAACAGAGCGCCUCUAUUCACACCCACACUCACAACAAAACACUUGGACUCAUGUUGUUUCAAACCGCCAUGUAACGUUGCCUUUGAAUUGAUCAUCUAUUUUUCCAGAUUCCACGUGUAUAUACAGUAAGUGAACCAAAGUUACAGGUCCGGUUAGCAUUCAACUUUGCUGCUUCUCAGCAUUUCCACGUGUUAGUUAGAUCACCUUUCAUUCCACGUUGUGUUCACCACACAUUGAGUUAGGAAUGGACCUCGGGACCUAAAGCCAUGUUGCCUUCAGUUACUGACCGACACUUGAACACGCCGGCUGUUUCCACGCGCAAACAUUCACAGACGUGCGACGUUUCCACCACUUUUGUACAAAACAUGAUUAUAGAUGUUUAUUUAUACUGUUAGCAUCAUGCUAAUGCUUCUUUGUCACUGGCAGGGUUCACUCCGAAAUAGUGAGGUCACAUAGCUUCUAUGUUGCAGAUGUUGAUUUAUUUAUUUUACUGUAGAUAACCUUCAGUACCAUCAGAAGUCGACUAAUCCAGUAGCACACAUGGUGACCUGCGUGUCGCCCCGUGGCAGACGGUUUACAACUCACUUGAUAAACUCAAUAUAAAGUUGCUGCAGGUGUUUACAGUGUUCACCACUGUAAUUCAUCAACGCUUCCUCAGAUGUGUUACUGUGGGAAGUAACUUAAGUUGUGUUUAAUUGUGUAUGUUUUGUGUGCGUGUGUUUAUUUUGUACUUGAAUCUGGUGAUUCAUUAUUCAGGGUCAUUGGUCAUGUGUCGCCCUCUAUAUAACAAUGCUGCAUUCUUAAAUGGAUCAAACAUCCACCCAUUUACAGGACGACUACUGUUUCUCGGUGUGGUACAAGUACUGUAUUUCUGCUCACAACAAUAAAGUUUUGUUUUGUUAUUUUGUUUUUUUGUUUUUGAACAUCUCGCUCCAUGUGCUCUUUUAUCAACGGUCCAUGAAAGCAGACUUCUCCAGAGGCGUUAAUUCAGACAAAGCUAAGGUAUAGCUGGCAGGGUUGCCAAUACUCAGGCACGCUGUUGGCUGUGUGACCUGACGGUACGAUAGUGCAUGAAUUUUUCAAAAUUAAUAUAUCCUACUGUGAGCAAGUGAUGGCAGACUAAAUAAGGCAGUCAGCAAUCUGAAAAAGUCCCAAUGAAACAUGGAGAAUUUCUCUCAAUACCAAUGUUAACAGCCUGGAUCCAUCAUUU